AUGAGCUCCGACUGGGGAAAAAAACCUGGCCGGCGUAGAGCGGAGGCCAUGAAUGAGACCAUUGUGCUUCGAGAGUCGUCGCGGCGCUUCCAAAGCGACCGAGCGGGCCGACAGAAACAUGCUUUUGUCUGCGAUCAUUUGUUCAACCGUUGGCUUCAGAAUGACUCUGCUGUCGCUAACAACACAUCAUGGAGCCCGCAGUCGUGUCAGGAGUGUACCUGCUACAGCGACGUGGCCAUCUGCAGGCCCACCCACUGCCCCAACCCCCAGUGUGACUUCCAGAGGGGCGAGCGUUUGAGGAUCCCUGCCAACAAGUGCUGUCCAGAGUGCCUCUCCUCGUCCCAUGGCUCCUGCCAGUACGAAGGAGUCAUUUAUGGACAUGACAGUCAAUGGAGUCCCUCGCCCUGUUCGGUGUGCAUUUGCUCCAGAGGGAGUGUAUCCUGCACCAUGAGCCCCUGCCCGACACUCAGCUGUCCUGUAGAUCAGAGCCUAUUCACCCCAGCUGGAGAGUGUUGCCCCAAGUGUGGUCGUAAUGGAGAGUCUUGCACCUGGCAGGGGGCAGCGUACAGGGACGGUGAAGAGUGGAAGCCCAGCCUCUGCUCCAGGUGUGUGUGCAGUAACGGGGAAGUCCAGUGUUCGGCCGCCGAGUGUCAGCAAGUAGCCUGCAAACCGUGUUUUUUGUUCUUCUUCUCCCUUCAGCACGAGAACUUGGUGAUCCAGCCAGGCCAGUGUUGUCCUCAGUGUGUGUCCAACCCCUGUCUGUCUGCUGGGAAACAGUACCAGCACGGCGAGCAGUGGCAGAAAAACACCUGCACCACUUGUGUGUGUGACCGGGGUCAAUCUAAAUGCCACACACACACCUGUCCGCCCGUCACCUGUGACAAGGGUCAGACCAAAGUGAAGCGUGCCGGUCAGUGUUGCGACGAAUGCACCGUCGCCAAGGGGAGCUGCCUGUACGAGACUGUGGUGCGUUACCAUGGAGACAUGUGGAACGGCACGGGCUGCGAGUUCUGCACCUGCGACCGAGGUCAGGUUCUCUGCCAGAGGGCCGAGUGCGGCCGCGUCGAAUGUCCACAGGGCUCUGAGCUCGUACACCUGCAGGGGAAAUGCUGCCCCGAGUGUUCCUCUGUGAAACCUUCCUGUGUGUACGAAGGCAAAUCCUACAAGGAUUUGUCUCGGUGGACGGACGGCAGCUGCAGGGAGUGUGAAUGCCGCGACGCCCGGGUGACUUGUUAUCUCCGCUCCUGCCCAACCUGCCCGCCGGGCGAGCUGGCCGUCACCCAGGACGACAGAUGCUGCCCCGAGUGCCACCAAG